UUCCACGUCACAAGGAUAUGACUGGAGUAAGCGAAACCCACAUGCGGAACGACGACAAAAUGGAGCAACCACCACCAAACCUGAACCCGGAUCCAAUCCAAGUUCCGUCCCCACCACCUUUACAUCAGAGCGAUGCAGAUGAAGAUGAUGAGAACGUGAAGCAGCUUCAAGAAUGCUCUUAUCUUUACUUGUCUUUACAGGAUUGUCUUGUUAAUAAAAACAGGAACUGGAAAUCUUGCCAAAUGGAGGUUCAAGCUUUGAAGGCGUGCAAUCAGAAGAGAAUGAAGAAUGACAAAGAGAAGUGAAAUUUAUGCAAAUUAGAAGCCAAGUUUUAGUUCUAACCUCACAAUUUAAUGUUAGAAUAUGAUUAUUGAUAUUGAUUAACAGCAGGAAACAAUGCAGCUUCUUUUUUCUUUUUCUGAGAUAGUUUUAUCCUUUUGAUGAUUCGUCAACGAUUUGUGUAACAUUUAUUGAAUCACAAGUAAACUUGAAGUGAGGAAAAGUUCUUGUUAAUGGCUUUCCUGGUUAAAUCCUUUUCGUAUUUUGUUGGUUAAGUUUUUGAUCUAGGGUAG